CGUGUCAAUUCUAGGAAGUUUGCCGAUCCAUGCGCGUAUGUGAUGCAGAAAUUGCGACGCCAGAUAACGAAUUGGUCUUCCUGGAACGCUUGCCGACAUCGCGACGGCGCUUGUCUGUAUACGGUGAGAGUACAAAUCUGGCUGAAGGUACCCGUGGAGGAUAACAUAAUCAGAGCGACGCACAGGACGUCGAAUCUGAAGUCGCUCGAGAAGAUUGAGAUUAUCUUCGAGCAGAUGAACAACACGUGCCUUGCUAAGGCCGAUUCAGUUUCAACCGAAUGGUUGGCAAUAUUCGAUUACGGCGCGAACUACUGUAAUCUGCACAACUUGGUAGUAGGAGCCGGUCUCGAUAGACGCGCGAAAUUUCUCGAGCUGACAAAUGAUGCUGUAUGUACGCAAUUUAACAUGGCGGUCUGUUGGUGAAACAAGACACACCGCUCACUUGUGGUUUUUCAAACUUUACAUAUUUAUAAAUUUAUGAAUACACAUAUAUGUGUA